AGGCUGGGCAGGUCGGGGUGUUUGUCCCUUGUACUCGGGUGCUUCGCUUCCUGCUCACGCUUUGGCAUCCUGUGUGGGUGGAGCUGCCACGUAUCUCCCGGUGUCCCUGUGGGGCCUGGGGACACGCUCGCCAGUGGGGCUGGUUCCCAUGGGCCCUGGGAGCUGGACCAGGCGCGGUGGCUGCUUUGGAGGCAGCAAGGGUUGGCCUCACUGCCAGAGAGGACCCUCCUUCCUGCCGGGGCUGUGCAGGGACAUUGCUCAGCAGGGCACCUCAGCACAGGUCUCGGGGCUUGGCGUGGCCUCAGCUCCCUGCCUGUGCUGCGUCGGACCUGGGGCAGGUGGAGGUGCUGAGCAGGCCAUGUGCAUCUGCCAACACGCCAGGGCUUGCCCUGGUCCGGAACUGCAGAGCAGGGGUGAGAAGGGGUUCUCCUCGCCCGCAGUCUGAUGCCCGUCCCGCCCUGCGAUGAGUCUAUGAGCCCCCUCCGGAUCAGCGUUGGUGGUCUGCCUGUCCUCGCGUCCAUGACCAAGGGUGCUGACCCCCGCUUCCGACUCCGCUGGAAGGCCAUCGUGCUGUCGUCAGCCUGCGUGGGGUUUGUGCUGCUGCUCUUCUGCCUGCAUCGGUCCUCCCCGGCACGGCAUGGUCCGCCCAAUCCUCACAACUGGCAGCUCAGCCUGCAGGCAGGUGACCGCUACAAUGACACCUACCCGCUGUCCCCACCCCAGAGGAACCCUGAGGGUGUGCGCUACCGCAUCGGAGUCAUUGCGGAUCUGGACACACAGUCCCGGGGCUCUGAGGAGCACACGUGGUUCAGUUACCUGAAGAAGGGCUACCUGGUGCUGUCAGACAGCGGGGACAGCGUGACAGUGGAGUGGGACAAAGAUGAGAGCAUGCUGCAGUCCCACCUGGCUGAGAAGGGCAGGGGCAUGGAGCUCUCCGAACUGGUUGUCUUCAACGGGAAGCUGUACGCCGUGGAUGACCGGACAGGAGUGAUUUAUCAGAUUGAGGGCAACAAGGUGGUGCCCUGGGUGAUCCUCCCAGAUGGGGAUGGCACAGUGGGGAAAGGCUUCAAGGCAGAGUGGCUGGCAGUGAAGGACGAGCACCUCUACGUGGGGGGACUGGGCAAGGAGUGGACCACGACGACAGGGGAGGUGGUGAACGAGAACCCAGAGUGGGUGAAGGUCGUUGGCUACAAGGGCGACGUGGGCCAUGAAAACUGGGUGGCGAACUACAACGCGCUGAGGGCUGCAGCGGGCAUCCAACCCCCAGGUUACCUGAUCCAUGAGUCGGUGUCCUGGAGCGACACGCUGCAGCGCUGGUUCUUCCUGCCACGCCGCGCCAGCCACGAGCGCUACAAUGAGAAGGCGGACGAGCGGCGCGGCACCAACCUGCUGCUGAGCUCCACGCAGGACUUCGGGGACGUGACGGUGGGACGCGUGGGGGACGUGGUCCCCACUCACGGCUUCUCCUCCUUCAAGUUCAUCCCAGACACGGAUGACCAGAUCAUCGUGGCGCUGAAAUCGGAGGAGGACAAUGGCAAGAUCGCCAGCUACAUCAUGGCCUUCACGCUGGACGGGCGCUUCCUCCUGCCUGAGACCAGGAUCGGGAGCGUGAAAUACGAGGGCAUUGAGUUUAUUUAACGACUGAUUCACUGGACUGGAGGGGCGCGGGGCCAGUGCCAGCCGGGGCAGCCCUGGGCUUAGCAGAGGGACGCCAGGCUCUGCUCCCAGCUCUGUCCUCGGCCUUGGUGCCUCCUGUAAAGCGUUGCUCUGCUGCAGCAGGCGUGGUGCGAGUGUUUCGGCAGUGGCACCUGGUGGCAAGGGACUGCCACCACAGGUUGCUGCGAGCUUCAGCCCAGCAGACACGGCCAUGGCCCCAUGUGUUGGAUCCCCAGUCAGGCCAUUAGUGCCAGCCCCUAAUUGUGACAGAAGCCCUCUGUGGCUCUGGUGGCAUCCAAGCGCUGGGUUUGCAGUGAAGGAGAAGGUUGAGCCCCAGCUCUGCU